CGGCCAACCUGCUCUCCUCGCACUUCCGCCAUGGUGCCAACGCGGGCGCUAACCCUGCGGGCCAAGAGCGCUGGCCAUGGCCGACUGUGUCAAGUUCGAUGGAAGCAUUGGGGAGGACAUGCUCCCAAGGGUGGCUACAUGGCUCACCUCCCUGACUGGCGAGAGUACCUGCCCGAGACCCUGGCGAGCAAGGUGACCUUCCGCUUGCAGAAGUGGUGGAAUCAACGUCGUUCUGCCGAUCUCUACCCAGAGUAUUUGGAUAUCUGCAACUCUGGGGGCAAAUUUGGGACCCCCAUCCCCGAACAUCAGUUAGUCUUGCGCAAAGGCUUCCCCAAAGGUUCCUGGGAGUGGCAGAUGCACAUGUAUGGAGCAGCCUUGUAUUAUCACAUGGCCAGCAGCAGGGGCGAAUCCAUUGUGAAUUUGGAUGAGAACAUGUUGCGAAACAAGCAGGUCCUGGAGUUGGAAUGCAUGCGUGGUGGCGGUGCGCGCUACUUGGCCCAGGUUUGCGGCCCCGAACGCUACGUAGCAACUGAUGAAAGUGAGGAGAACAUCAAGAUAUGUAAAGCUGUACAUGAACCAUUUCCUCCUGGCCUAACCUUCCAACAAGUGAAGAUUGCCGAGAUUUCCAAUGCCUUUGAGGCCGAGAGUUUUGACGCCUUGUUGUGCGUGGAAGCUGGUGCUGAGUUGGAUAAGAAGGAACUUGUGCAGUCAGCGAAGCAUGUCCUGAAUCCUGGAGGUUUGCUCUUGUUGUGUGACGCCUUCAUGCAGGAACAGGUGCGUGACUUGUUGCAAGAGCUGCAACAUGGUUUUGAGGUUGAAGUGUGCACUGAUAUUGGCAAAUGGAUACGAGCCACUGGCUUGUCUCCUGUGAAUAUUGCAGAGACUCACAGCGUUUUUGGUGUCGCUGGCUGCACCUACAUGCGAAUUGUGGCCAGAAGGCUGUGAGAAAACGG